ACCCACUCUUCUCCACCGCCCACUCCUCCCUUCUUCUCUUCAGUCAUUUCUCUCCCUUUUUCAAUCCACCAUUUAUAAAAGCAUAAUUUAGUAGCAACUCACAAAUUCCUCACCUUUCCAUAUUAACAAUUUUUUAUUUUUUCCCUUUUUCUUUAAUCAUCAUGAAUAAUGAUCCUUACUCAAAUUUCUACAUUAAAUGGCCUAAAUUCAACUCUUUGCCCCAUUUUUCUUCGUCUUCUUCAACAAUAAUCCCUCAUAAUAAUUACCCUCCUUCAUCUUCAUCUUCUUCGAGUUUUUCACCACCUUCAUCGUCAUACCCGAUAUAUCUCGCUCAUAACACCCAUGAUCAAAAUCUGGGCAGAGAUAGAAAACGACAAACCAUACCCAGUUCUUCAAAUUUUUACUAUAAUAAUUAUAAUCAUUCAAAUAUUAAUAUUAAAAAUAAUAAUUUUCAUCAACAAAUACUAACCCCACCUCCUUCCCCUCCUCUAAAAGAAGCCCUUCCUUUACUAAGCCUAUGCCCUUCAAAUAUGGAGAUUGAUAAUAAUAAUAAUAAUAAUUCUAAUAUUAUCAAUCAAAAUAAUGAAAAUAAUAACAUCCCUAAUGUUGGAAAUAUUAUGAGUUGUAGUUUAGAAGAAGAAGAUGAAGAAACAGUUACAGUUGCUUUACAUAUAGGGUUACCAAACCCUAAUGCUAAUUAUCUUAAUUCUGAGAUUAGGGAAGAUGAUAAUUGUGAUGAUAGUGCUAAUAAUAGUGAUUAUAAUAAUAUUAGUAUAGACGGAGAUACUAAUGAUAUUGGUAACGAAAAUGAAAAGGAAAAGGAAGAAUUUGGGCAUCCAUUAAUGAGCAGAUUGAAUAAAGGGCAAUAUUGGAUCCCAACUCCUACCCAGAUUUUGAUCGGUCCCACUCAAUUUUCUUGUCCUGUUUGUUAUAAAACCUUCAAUCGUUACAAUAACAUGCAGAUGCAUAUGUGGGGGCAUGGAUCACAAUAUAGGAAAGGGCCAGAAUCAUUAAGAGGCAUACAACCAACAGGAAUGUUAAGGCUACCAUGUUAUUGUUGUGCACCAGGGUGUAAGAACAACAUAGAUCACCCAAGAGCCAAACCUCUCAAAGAUUUUAGAACCUUGCAAACUCAUUACAAGAGAAAGCAUGGAAUUAAGCCCUUCAUGUGUAGGAAAUGUGGCAAAGCCUUUGCGGUUCGAGGCGAUUGGAGAACUCAUGAGAAGAAUUGUGGUAAGCUUUGGUAUUGUAUUUGUGGCUCUGAUUUUAAGCAUAAAAGAUCUUUAAAGGAUCAUAUUAAGGCUUUUGGGCAUGGUCAUGGUGCUUAUGGAGUUCAUGGGUUUGAAGAAGAAGAUGAAGUUGCUUCUGAAAUUGAACAUGAUCAUGAAGAUAAUCAACAUGUAUUAGUCAAGGAAUGAUUUAAUUAUCAUAUAAGAGUGUUUUAAUUUGCUUUUUCAUUUCACUUGAUUAAUGUAUAUGUAGAUUAAUUUGGGUAAUCAAUUAUGUUGGCUAAAAAUUAAAGAUUGGGAUACAUAAAAAUAUAUAUAGAAGUACUUCUUAAGAUGAU